AUCAUCUGGCUCUCGGGCGAAGCUGGCUCAGGUAAAUCCUCCAUAGCGCAUACACUCGCACAGGAGUUCCAUGACGCCGGCGCGCUCGCUGCUACCUUUUCGUUCUCCCGUACCGAUUCCAAGCGCGGCAAUACCGCCUAUUUCAUCCCCACCAUCGCUUAUCAGCUUGGUCUCCUUCACCCGCUCGCUAGAGAGGUUAUCACCAAGGCCAUCACCGACGAUACACAGCUGCUCAACCCCGAGAAAUCGCGGCAUCAUCAGUUCACCCAUCUUGUGCUCAAACCUAUCGAGGUACUGAAGACUAUCUGGAUGGAGUCGGGUAAGACAAUGGUCAUGCUCUUUGAUGGGUUAGAUCAGUGCGAC